AAAUGGCCGAGAUUUCAAAUCGCAAAGAUGUCAUCAGCUUUUACGAUGCGGCUGCACGCAAUGAUGAAAAUAAUUCCCAUAUCAAGAGGAGAGAAACUCGUAUAUUUUAUCUGAGGAACUUUAACAACUGGAUGAAAAGCGUUUUCAUCAAUCUGUGCUGUGGUAAGGGUGGGGACCAGUUAAAGUGGUUACGCGGCGGUGUUCAACAUGUUACUUUUGUGGAUUUAUCCAAUGAAUCUAUUGAGGUUUGUCGUCAUCGGUAUGAACAACUGUGUAGAAAUAAACGGUCUGUUUUCACUGCAGACUUUUUCGUGGCGGACUGCUCAGAAGCAAUACUUCCACAAGUGCUUCCAUCUGGUGUCUUAUAUGAUCUAGUCAGUUGUCAGUUCGCACUUCACUAUGCUUUCGAGAGCAUAGCCCAGGCACGUAGAAUUUUGUCAAAUAUCAGCUCUCUGUUACAAGAAAACGGCUUUUUCAUUGCAACGAUCCCAAAUGCUUACGAACUUUUGCGGAGAGCUACCGAAGCGUUAAACAAACAUGUAGAAAAACAAGUUUCGGAAUCUGAUAUUAAAGAAAUUAAGUUCGGAAACCCCGUAUAUUCAGUCACAUUUCCCAAAGCUUCAUUCUCAAUCAGUCGAACAACAACCCAAACGGAAGAUGCGGUUGAACUGACAUUUCCUUUAUUUGGGGCAAAGUACAACUUUUUCCUGGAUGGAGUUGUGAAUUGCCCUGAAUUUGUAGUAUACCCACCGCUCUUGGAUAGAUUGGCAGCUGAUUAUGGAUUGGUACCCGUUCAUGAACCUAUCUCUUUCGCUAAUAAUUUUUAUUCUACGUUACGCAGUCGUUCAAGCCCACAAGACCCAAAGGAUUUACUUAAGAGAAUGGAGGCUUUAGAACCAUGGCAUAAAAGUAAUAACUAUCCUUGCUCAAAUGAUGACGAAUAUAUCCAUUUGAUAGAUCAUCAAAAUAGUUUGCGCAACAAUUCAUGCUCAUAUGGGACUCUUUCUAAAUCUGAUUGGGAAGUUACUUCUAUGUACUCUUUGCUGGCUUAUAAGAAAAAAAACGAAUAAAGUCUGAGUCUAUGCAA